CUUCCUCUCAACUCAUGGUUGCUUUUCAUCUUUCUCUAGCCAGUGCAUCGUCCGCCGCCGUCCCCCUCUGGUCAUCCCUGCGGCGUCGUUCUUCAAUCAUCCACACACCGUAGCAGCAUCUGGCCAUCUUUCAUUCGCAGUUAUUCUAGAUCUAAUUAAAAAUAAUGACAAGCUAACUAUAAAGUUUUUUUCCUCUAUUCUCCUUACAAAGUUCUUUUUGAAUCAAGUCUUCUUAAUAUUGUUCACUCUUAUUCUUCUUUUCUUUCUGGUUUUGUUAUGGUUAAGACAAUCAAUUUUAAAAAAAUGCAGUAAAUAAUUCACUUAUGAACAUAUUGAAUCCUCAAAUUAAAAAGGGGAAAAUGAAAUUACACAAAAUAACAACAGAGCAUAUUGGCGAGAAGCAAGACUGAGCGACGGCGAGACAUAGCAUGGCAACUAUAACUUGUUAGGGUCUUACAGCGGCGAGGGGCGGCAGUGGCGGCGCGGUGAGAGGAAGAGGAAGCAGAUGGAAGUAUCAGAGUGAGAUGGUUUGAUGUUUUAUUAAAAUAAAUACUUAAUUCUACCCUUUAAAUCACAACCAUUCGAUUUAUAUUUAACACAUGUCAUCCAUCUAUGAAAAGAAAAGGAGGAAAAGGAGCCUUAGGAAAAGGAGCAAAGCUGCUCUCCUUUACUUGCGCACAUAUGAUAACUUUUAUUUUAAAAAAAAGACGGAUGAAUGAUGCAAUUGACCUUUUUUUUUUUAAUCAAGUGGAUUAAAAAAUAAAAAAUUCCUUUGAAUUACAGUAUAUUGAGGCGAAGCACAUAAACCCUUCGUUCUCGUAACCUAACAAAAGUGGCGGCCACACCGCCCCGAAAUUAGGGUUUAUCGUCUUCUCCACCUUCUCAUCUUCUCUCUUAAUUAUUCACCAGUGAAAUUAUUGAUUUAGUUUGGAGGUGCAAUGAGAUUGGAGAAGUGCUGGUUCUGUUCUUCUACUGUAUAUCCUGGACAUGGAAUUCAGUUUGUUCGUAACGAUGCAAAGAUUUUUCGAUUUUGUAGAUCCAAGUGCCACAAGAACUUUAAAAUGAAGAGAAACCCUCGUAAAGUAAAAUGGACCAAGGCAUAUAGGCGGGUGCAUGGAAAGGAUAUGACACAGGACUCAACAUUCGAGUUCGAGAGAAAGCGCAACAGGCCUGAGAGAUACGACAGGAAUCUUGCUGAAAAUGUCCUCAAGGCCAUUCCAAAGAUUGAUAAGAUCAGAGUCAGCAGGGAAGAGAGUCACCACAAGAAUAGGAUGAAGGGCAAGAAGCUGAAGGAACAGAAGGAAGAUAUUAAGGAGUUUAACAAUUCCAUCCAUAUAAUUAAAGCUCCUGCUGUGCUUAAAAAUGAGAUCAAAGUGGUGGUGUCCCAACAACAACCGGAAGAAAAUCGUGCCAUGGAAGAGUGAUAUCAAUGCUACAUCCCUUUUAAUGUGGCCCAAGUUACAAGUUGAUUUUUCACUUAUUAGUAAUGUGAAUGAUGGAAUUUUGAAACAGAUUUUUGUGGUUUGUAUGUGAUGUUUUUGGAUAAUGAUUUAAUGAUCUAUGAGAUAGUGAACUAUUAUAUAAAGCACAAAAGUAGUCUCCUUGGAUGUCUUGAAUCUAUAAUUUUUCUUGGGAAAAGUCUUGAGACUAAAUAUUUUUUAUAUUGGUCACAUUUUAUUCAUCUACGGCGAUCGGAUUUGAGACA